GUCAUCGUUCGUUGGUUUCGUCUAUCUAUCCUAUCCUUCCUUACCCUCCUCUCCCACCACCACAUCAAUUCAUCCAUCGCCCACUCUCUCUAACUUCCGCCUACUGCACUCCAUUUCCCUCGACUCGGUCGCAGCGGUUGUUCCUUUCGGAGCGCGCUGUGAUGCGGCUGCAUUGACGUUCCUGCUCAGCAGUUUCUGUCGUCUCUGGUCAGUCCGGUCGCCGAAUUGAAAACCCCAUCGUUCGUCUCUCGCCCUCUCGCCGCGAACAACCCAACCCCAACCUCAUCACCCUUCCUCCCUGAUCGCGGAAGGUGAUUUUUACUGCCAAUCCAUUACUUCCUCCCGUGCUUCUGGUCGCCUCGAAGCAAACAACCCGGAUAGGAACGUAUUACGCGCAAUGUACAACGCACAUCGCGGGAUGGUUCCCGCGCCCAACUCCCGUCUGACGGAGCUGUUGGACCAGUUGCGCCAGGAGUUCGAAAAUCAGUCAAGAAGUACUGGCGAGUUUGAACACCAAUUAACCGGCCAACUUCAGGAAAUGGAGAUGAUCCGACAGAAGGUCUACCAAUUGGAACAAGCACAGAUCAAAAUGAAACAAGAUUAUGAAGCGGAGAUCCGGGUGUUGCGACAUGAGCUUGAAUCGCGCGGUGUGCCGACUGUUUCGUCUCAUAUUGCCGGUCCUGCACCGCAUGCCGGCCCUUCUCAGCCCCCUCCGCCCGCACUGGGCCAUGGCCCAAGCAACCUAUUCGGUGGUAUCAUGACCAACCAAGGAGGUAGUGGUCCCGGUCUUGCCCCUCCCCCUCCCCAGGAUCAGCAGCCUCCCCAGCAUACCCUUCAACAGCCUGCUGCCGCGGCUCAACAAGGAGCCCCUCAACCACCGCAGAGCUCCUUUGGGGGCUACCAACCUGGCGCUGCUGUGAACGGCUAUGGACCCCCUCCUCCGCCAACUGCCUCCCCGGGCCCGGGAAAAAGACCCCGAGCUCCUCCCGGCCCAGCGACCCCCCAGCAAACCCACCAGCUGGCCUACCCGGACCCUCGCGUGUCUCCUCAAUUGGCGCGGCCUACCCCUCCUAGCCAGGCCAUCGUGCGCGAACGUCCCGGGAACAUGCUGGCCAACUGGAACCCCGAUGACUUGCCUGCCUCGCAGAAGCGAGAGGGGGCUGACUGGUAUGCCGUCUUCAACCCCGAGGUGCAACGAGUGCUGGACGUCGAGCUCGUCCACCAUCUUGUCCAUGAUAGCGUCGUUUGCUGCGUUCGUUUCAGUCGCGACGGCAAAUAUCUGGCUACCGGCUGCAACCGCUCCGCCCAAAUCUUCGACGUCACCACCGGUCAGAACGUCGCCACUUUGCAAGACGAGAAUGUCGACAAGAACGGAGAUCUUUACAUUCGUAGCGUUUGCUUCAGCCCGGACGGAAAGUAUCUCGCCACCGGAGCCGAAGAUAAGCAAAUUCGCGUGUGGGACAUUGCCGCCCGAACCAUCAAACAUAUCUUCACGGGUCAUGAGCAGGACAUCUAUUCCCUUGAUUUCGCCGGCAACGGCCGCUACAUCGCGUCCGGCAGUGGCGACAAGACCGUGCGUCUUUGGGAUAUCCUAGACGGGAAGCUUGUCUACACCCUCAGCAUCGAAGACGGAGUGACCACCGUCGCCAUGUCUCCUGAUGGUCACUACGUCGCAGCCGGAUCUCUUGACAAGAGCGUUCGCGUUUGGGAUACGACGACCGGAUACUUGGUGGAGCGCCUUGAGAGCCCGGAUGGCCACAAGGACAGCGUUUACUCGGUGGCAUUUGCCCCCAACGGCCGGGAUCUUGUCAGUGGCAGUCUCGACAAAACCAUCAAGCUUUGGGAGCUUAACGUUGCGCGCGGAGCUUACCCCGGAACCGGUUCCAAGGGUGGUAAAUGUAUCCGAACCUUUGAGGGUCACAAGGUACGUCGGUCUCUAGUUGUCCCUGUUCUAUUCUACUUUUUGAAGGUAUACCCGGUAGAUGUUUCGGUAGUUGCUAACUAUACUGGAUAGGACUUCGUUCUCAGUGUCUG